AUGUUUUGUUAUUAUAUACUUGUUGUUGCUUGCAUCGCAGCAAAUUCUGCAUCUCGACUGCCUACUGCUCCAUACGAUAUCCGUGUGGAUCAUUAUAAAGUUGAUACAACAAAAGAUCUAAUAAUCAAUACUGCACGUCCUCGAUUUUCAUGGAAAAUAGCAAUGUUGGAAACAGAACGAAAUGUAUUACAAGUAGCCUAUCAACUACAAAUAAAAUCACGUAACGAUCAAUGGGAUAGCAAACAAGUGAUGUCAAGUCACUCAAUUCAUGUAUCUUAUAUGGGAUUCGAUGAUCUGCAAUCAGCCACUUUUUAUCAAUUCCGUUUGCGAAUUUGGACAACACAAUCGAAUCAAACAAGUCCAUGGACAAAUUGGAUACAUUUUCGAACAUUUAUGUUUAAUAUUCAUUCAUAUAUACUGAGCAAAAAUGAUAGUCUAAUGUGGAUCGGUUCAAAUCAGAUCAAUAUGAAUGAAUUACGUAAAGAAUUUCAAAUAUCGAAUAGUAGUCCAAUUCAAUCAGCUGUAGUUUACAUAUCCGGACUUGGUUAUUAUGAACUGUAUGUAAAUGGAGAUAAAGUAGAUAUAAGUCGUAAAUUAGAUCCAGGCUGGACAGUUUAUGAAAAACGUACAUUAUUAGUUUCGUUUGAUCUAUCGGCGACUAUCAAAUCUGGUAUGAAUGCCGUAGGUGUUAGAUUAGGUAAUGGUUGGUACGGUCAAGAACAAUACACACCUCCAGUAGCACCCGAACCAAACUAUGGUCCUCCUCGUUUCAUCUUCUUUUUGCAAAUAUUAUUUGAUAACGGUGAGGAAAUGCAUGUCUACAGUGAUUCGACUUGGAUAGGUCGUCAAAAUAGUAUUUUACAUGAUAGUAUCUACAAUGGAGAAUUUGUUGAUAGUCGCAGUGAUCGUCUCAAUUGGUCUCGAGUAGGAUUCACUGAUUUACUCUCAUUAUGGAUACCAGCAGAAUUGAUGUCAUCUCCAAUCAAUGAAUCAUUACAUGGUCAAGUUGUCAUGCAAGAUAUGCCACCAAUUCGUGCUGGAUCUGAUGCAUUACAUUUUGAAGUAACUUCUACACUGAUCGGUGGAUAUUUGUCAGCUAAUGAUAUUGGUCAUAUCCAAGGUGCUAUGUUAACUGAUGGUGGUAUACUAAAACCAAUUGCAGUAUGGUCACCAACUAUAGGUGUUCAAGUAUUCGAUUUGGCUCAAAAUAUGGCUGGGUGGUGUCGUUUUAGAUUUUACGGUGCACGUGGUGUAGGCGUUUAUAUUCGUCAUGGAGAAAUUUUGACUCCGUCAAUUGCCACUACGAAUCGUUCAUAUGGGGAAGUCUAUACUGAAAAUCUCCUUGGUGCCACUCAAUCGGAUACCUAUGUACUACAUGGAGAUCCAGCCGGUGAAAUUUACGAACCAACUUUCACUUAUCAUGGCUUUCGCUAUGUUUCCAUCAUUAACGCACCGAAUUCUAUGACUGUCGACGAUGUCGAAUGUCUUGUUGUUCAUAGUGAGACAACAUUAAAAGGUCAUUUUAUUUCAAGUAAUCCAAUAAUCAAUCAAAUUCAGCAUAAUAUUCAAUGGAGUCAAUUGAAUAAUCUUAUGUCAUUGCCUACAGAUUGUCCUCAACGUGAAGAACGAAAAGGAUGGUUGGGUGAUGCAGCAUUGACGGUUAAUGAAGCGUUGUACAAUUUUGAUUUAAUUAAAUUAUAUAUCAAUUUUCUUCAUUCGAUUGUGAAUACUCAAGGAACUGACGGUGCUGUACCUGAUACAGUACCGUUCAGCGAUGGAGAUUUUCCAGCUGAUCCUAAUUGGGGUACUGCUCUACCAACUAUCGCUUGGCAACUUUAUCGUCACUAUAAUGAUGUUCAAAUACUCUCUAGUUUUUAUUCAAACAUUCGCUUAUAUGUAGAAAGCGUUUAUAAUGCUUACAAAUCGACAGGUUUAGCCAAUCUUUUUUACAGCUAUGGUGACUGGGUUCCACCUGCACCUCAACCAAGAGCAAAUGAAUCUCUUACUUCAUCAUUUGCAUUUAUGCAUGAUAUUUCAUUGUUGAUCAAUAUGUCUCAAAUCCUCGGUUAUACCAAUGAUACACAUAAUUAUAUGGAAUUAUACCAACAAUUAGCCGAAGAAUUUCAUCGAGUAUUUUUCAAUAGUACAUCUCAUUUCUAUGCUGAUGGGACUCAAACAUCACAAAUACUUGCACUAGCUCUUCCAAACGUCGUACCGAGCAAUAUUCGUAGUCUCGUGCUUGAACAUCUAGUAUCUGACAUUACUCAAAAAAAUAAUCAUGUCGCAACAGGAAUUAUUGGCACGGCUCAGCUCUAUCCACUUCUAUCUGAUAAUGGAUAUCAUGAUUUAGCUCUUGAAUUAAUAUCAUCUAUUACUUAUCCAUCCUAUGGUUACAUGUCCAAUAAUCCAUAUGAGAAUGCUACAGCUCUCUGGGAGAUUUGGAAUGCACCGUUCGAAGGACCAGAAAUGAAUUCACGAAAUCAUAUCAUGUACGGAAGUAUCGGUGCUUGGUUCUAUUCUCAUUUAGCAGGUAUUGAAUUUACUUCGAACACAAUUGUUAUUCGACCACGCAUGGCGUCUGAGAGUAAAAAACAUCUUUUACGCAAAGUUGAUUGUCAAUUGAGCACUUUACAUGGUCUUGUUCAUGUAGCAUAUACUCGUGAUGAACCGGACUUGGUAUCGAAUUCGAUUCGAUUUCGUUUGACUAUUCCAGCCAAUACACAAGCUCGAGUUAUAUUUGAACCAUUAUUUUCCGGAGCUCGAUGCGUCCGAUUAAUCGAAGGCAAUGAAGUAAUUUGGCCGAUAGAUCCGAAACUCUUGACUGAAAGACAUAAUAUCGAAAAUGAAGUCGAAACUGGUGUGAUGAUAGUUUAUAUCAAUUCUGGUCAGUAUGAAUAUCAAGUAUAUUGGGAAUAG